AUGAAAUUUCUCCGGUCGUUUUUGGUUCUCCUUUCAGCUCUUCAACUAAUUGCGGGCUGGGGAGAUCUUGGCCAUCGAACUGUUGCUUAUCUGGCGCAGAAGUACCUAAAUGAUGAAGGCACUCAUCUUGUACAAAACAUCCUUCGUACCAACAAUAACGAUGAUAUCUCCGAUGCAGCAGUCUGGGCUGAUCGGAUCAAGUUUCGAAGACCAUCUACUAGGCCUUGGCACUUUAUUGACGCCCAGGAUAAUCCACCAAAUUCCUGCUCGGUCACGUAUGAAUCUGAUUGCAACAGUGGUUGUGUAGUCUCUGCUAUUAAAAAUAUGACUGAAAGGGUCAAUGAUCCUAGUUUGGACUCUGUUCAACGGGUCGAAGCCCUGAGAUUCCUGAUUCACUUUAUUGGAGAUAUACACCAGCCGUUGCACAACGAAGCUCUCGCGCGUGGGGGAAAUGAUAUUAUUGUCAAGUUCGACCACAGACGGGAGAACCUCCACGGUAUCUGGGAUACUGAUAUCCCGCACAAGAUGAAUGGUAUCGGGCACAACUUGAAGCACAAUAAUGAAAGAGCUGCAGCUGCCAACUGGGCAGCGAAACUAUUCCAAUUAAAUGCAUUGAGACCUCUACAAGCAGAGUGUUCUAAUAUACAGAAGCCUUUGGAGUGUUCCAUGCUGUGGGCGAGGGAGACAAAUCGAUUGAAUUGCUAUUUUGUGCUGAAUAAUGGUAUCGACUGGCUGAAACAGAAUGACCUUGGCGGUGAAUAUUUUGAUGCUGCUGCCCUAAUUGUGAAUGAGCAAAUCUUGAAGGCUGGGAUCCGCCUAGCCGCUUGGUUGAAUGCGUUAGGAUCUGCGACAUCACCAUCCACACAACCACUUUUUAUACAGCCUUAA